AUGCUAGCCCGCCUCCAAGCAAGAAAUCAAUGCUUUGGCAGCUUGCGGCCCUCGCUUCGGUGGCUGGUGGUGUUAGACUCUUCAUGUUUCAAACACGUCAUCGACUGUCCGAACUACACCGCUUCAGCAGCCUAUGGAGACGAUCCGCUUGCAGGCCUCAGUGAGAAACGCCGCGGGAUGCUGCUGGAGUCCUUUGCUCGCGGUCUGCUGGAGCGCAGGUAUCCGGACAAGCCAUCUGAGAAUGCGCGCUCUCUGCUGAUGUGUAAAGAUGGUCGUGCUCGCGGCACUUCUGCGGCCGAAUGGGAUUUCACAUUGGGUGGUAGGCGUGUGGAGCUCAAGACCGCCAUGCUAAGCUUCGACUCCAGGCAGCAACUUUGGAUGGUCACCUGGGCCAAUGUCAAAGUGGCGCACCAGAAGCAACCCUUUGAUGAUCUGUAUCUGCUGAUGUACACCCCAGAUGGCUUCCAUCUCAUAAAGCACGACUUGUAUACCGGCCUUGCAUCGGCUGGUGCACGGACCACAACUCAGGGGCAUUGUAUUCGCGUGCAAGGGCGGGUGGGACAAACCUCAUGGAAGGAGGCCGUGAAAACUAUUCUGGACAAGUUUACUUUGACCGGCUCAGUCGAGUUGGUGGCCAGGGUUGCUAGAACCGAUCCGGCAGUCUCAGCGCUCUACCUCGAGGUGCUUAAAAGCGCACUGCACGCACGUGACCGCGCAUACGAGGGCGUGCCGAUGAGCAAUCUGCGCACAGCAGAUCGCGCAAAUCGAAUUCAGCAGAUAGCUUUAGAAUUUGAUAAGAUGCAGAACCCUGGCGGCAGUUUUGCUUGCGCUUCGGGCGAGCUUUCCGCCAAUGGCCGAAAGAGGCGAGGCUGCAAUAAUGCCGCUGUGGAUUGGAUCCGAAACGGAGUUCGGGUUGAGCUGAAGUAUGCGAAAGUGUGCUUUGAGCCAAGUGCUAAGUGUUGGGCGUGCCACUUCUGCAACAUCAAGGAAGAGCCGCCAGAUGCUUCCAGCAAAGUUUACUUCGACGAGCUCUGGCUUGCAAUGUACAGCCCUUUCAGCCUGGACAUCUUUCAUCACCCUGGUCAGCUCUCUUGUCGGGGAUUGCACACCGCCAUCGAGGGCAAGAAUCUGGCCCUUCGGGGAGACAGGCAUGAUACUUGCAUGGAGAAUGCUGUCCGGCGCAUGAAGGCCAAGCUUGAAGCCGCACAUGCUGAGCAACUUCUCACACUUCGUUGGAGCACCUGA